ACUACUGUUGGGCAUGGUGAACUUAAUCAGGUUGCUCAGGCAACAUCGAAGCAGAUGUCCAAGCGUGAUCCUUUGAGGCCUUAUAUGGACGUUAUUGAUAAGAUGUUAGUUCAAAUGUUCAGGGAGGAUCCAUCUUUCAAACCGCAAGGGGGUCGAUUGGGAGAAGAUGACAUGGAUUAUGAUACAGAUGAGAAAUCAAUGGCAAAACUUAGGCGUAAUCUUCGUAUAGCUCGAGAGGAGUACUAUAGAUAUAAAAGCGAGUAUUUGACAUGCGUAACAGAGGCUCUUGAACUGGAAGAUACAAUUAAGAAUUAUGAGCAGCGCAAUGCAACUGGUUGGAAAUUUGUUUCAACCUUGAGAUCUGAAAGGGCUGGAACUUUGGGCUCUUUCUUAGACACAGCAGAAUUAAUCUGGCGAUGUGUCCUGCGGAAGCAAUUAGAGAAAGUCUCAGCUGUGAUUUUUGGUUGUAUGUCAGCUGCUAUUCUAUUGGCAGAGGCAACUCUAUUGCCAAGAGGAGUUGAUUUGUCUCUAUUUUCCAUUCUUAUAAAAUCUGUGGGAGAUCAAGAGGUUCUUGUUCAGGUGUUUGCGUUUCUGCCACUCAUGUAUAUGUGUGUCUGCACUUACUAUUCACUGUUUAAAGCUGGAAUGUAUAUGUUCUACUCAUUGACACCGAGACAGACAAGUUCAGUGAGCUUGUUAAUGAUUUGCUCGAUGAUUGCUCGCUAUGCACCUCCAAUUUCGUACAAUUUCCUUAACCUUAUUAGUCUCGGCGAAAACAAGAAAACCAUUUUUGAGCAGCGAAUGGGAACUAUUGACAAGGCUGUUCCUUUCUUUGGUCAAGGAUUCAACAAGAUUUAUCCACUUAUUAUGGUUGUAUAUACACUGCUAGUUGCAAGCAAUUUCUUUGACCGGAUAAUCAGUUUCUUCGGAAACUGGAAGAUAUUUAGAUUCCAGACGGAGACAGAUGAUAUGGAUGGUUUUGAUCCAUCUGGGUUACUGAUCUUGCAGAAAGAACGAAGCUGGCUUGAACAAGGACGCAAACUUGGUGAACAUGUUUUGCCACUGGCAAGGAAUUUCAACGGUGUGACAGUGGAUCUGGAGUCUGAAGGCAAUGCCAUAGAUACAAGUGAUUUUGAAUUGAAGGCAUCCUUGGAAUCAAGCAAGGACAACUUUAGAGGAAGUUCUUCAAAACCUUUGAGAGAUGAUGCCCGUAGGUAUUCAGGGAGCAAGGAAGCAAUUAGCAGCAAAUAUGCUGCCUUGAGGGAACAGGGGCAAACAUCUCAUGUGAAGCCAAUGGAGGAUGUAGGCUCUACUAAGGUCUCUUUACUUGAUUCUGCCAACCCUCGCUCUGGCAGCACAGUAGCAGCUCCAUCAGGUUUGGCUGGAAGAUGGGCAUCUAUGAAAGCAGGUUUCCAGAACUUUAAAACAAACAUUGAAGCAAAAAGGUUAAUUCCACUACGCCAAGUUGGUGAAUUUAUUCCUUUACGUCAAGCUCAGGAUACCAAUGUCUCUCGUGCCUCCUCAUCCGAAUCUCUUGAUGAUAUAUUCAAUAAAUUAAAACGACCUGCUUCAGAGAGUGAAAAUUACAGUGAUGAUGAUGGUGAUGAGAGAAUACCCAGGAGGUGAUACUGUAAAUUGUUUCCCAUUUGAUGGAAUAUACUUGUUGAUAUCUUUAGAAAUCAGGAAGAAAUGAGCCAACAAAGAUGUACAGGACUCUGAGAAACUAUCAGCUGCUUAUUCAUUCUUUACAGCUGACUUUUGAUGUAGUUGAAAGGGCCAUGCUAUAAGAUAGGAGCCAAAAAACUGGUCAGGGAGUGAUUCCAGGAUCACCCAACGGCCAAUGGCAGAACUGUAGGAGUGUAGGUCAUAGGAAAGCUGAGAUACAAAUUCAAUCCGCAUUGAUGAAGAGAAAUCCUGUAGGUCAGUGUAUUCAGUUUGUAUAAGUUGAUUCUUGUAUAAUUCAUGUACUGCUAAAUUUUGAGGGUUUCUGUGUUUUGGGGGCGGGAUGUUGAUGACAUAAUUUGAUGGUUAUAUAGAAUUUUGAUCUGUCACAUUGGUUAUUGACAGGAAAGGUUAGAUAUUAAAUCCAAGGAUAUUUCCUUAAUCAUGAAAAUACCUGUAUUGUUUUAGAUCUGCUAGUAUCUGCUAGAUGUGCUGUAAAUUCUUUUUGAAUAGAACAUAUCCCCAUGAGAAUGA